AAUAGGAAUCGGCCAUCGCCGUAGGCAGCCCUAACCCGGGUCGGCAGAGGGAGAAAGGACCGGCCAUGGCGUACGGCGGCCUUGCGGUGCCCAUCAUCGUCAUGAGCGUUUUCUGGGGGGUGGUCGGCGGCGUCUUGCCGUGGCUGGUGCCCAAGGGGCCUAACCGGGGUGUUAUCAACACAAUGCUGGUGACAUGUGCGGUCUGCUGCUACCUCUUCUGGCUGAUUGCAAUCCUGGCUCAGCUGAACCCUCUCUUUGGGCCACAACUAAAAAGUGAUAUAAUCUUGUAUCUAAGGGAGCACUGGCCUUAAUGAUGCCCUCUUCUGUUACCGUUUGUGACCUAGGUUAUGAAGAGAUUUUCUCUAUGUAAACCUCCGUUGAUCCAAAGAUGCCCUUAACGUACUUUGAAUACAACCAAAACUAAUGUCUUACUGUUUGUUCUGUUACAAGAAAUGUUUGCCUAAAACUCUUCCUGUGCUUUUUUACACCUCUGAAAGUGCCUAAUGGAUAUCAUGUACCUCUUCUUCAGUACAACUUUGUGCUUGAAUUUCAAGUGUUAUGAAAUGUUCUCUCUCUCUUCUCUCCUCUGCCACAAUGGCUAGAGGGAAUUGAGAACUGACUAAGCAUUAUUUGCCUUACCAAUUUCCAUACUAGAUGGUUUACUUAUUCAGUUUAUAAGUAUAGUCUGAAUGAUCUGUUAACUUAAUAGAAAAGUAUUGUUUCUUACUUAAAUCUGGAAUAAAAUUUAUCCUGGUUAACGUC